AUGACCAAAUAUUGGUUCCCCACCGCGUAUCGAGUGACGUUUCCGCAAGACGUACAGGCUUUCGAGAGGAAAAACUCCGUGCCCGUGAACGUGUACGGUUACGGUCGAGAACAAAGGUUCGUCUACCCGCUCAAAUUUCGCGUCUACGAUUUCGAGGCCAUUCUGGAAGCGGAACACAUGGGUCAGGCUUACGAGAAGCACGUCCCCAGUUCAUUUUGCUUACUCGUAAUCCGAUCCACGGUCUCGGGCAUCGUCGAGCAGUUUUUGUACCGGGGCGAGGACUGCGUGGAAAAGUUCAUUUCCAUCCUUAAUCAAUUGUCAAAGCUCAUUGGCGAAUGGAUUCGAAGCGAGGAAGUCCCAAUGGUGAGCGUGAACGAAGAGGCUCACGCGUCGGCCUCUCACUGCGCGAUUUGUGGCGAAUCGUUCGGAAGUCGAAAGAGAAAAGUCAGAGAUCACGACUACUUCAGCGGAUCGUACAGGCAGUCGUUGUGUCAGAGAUGCAAUUUAAAUUUGAGAGUAAACAAGAAAGUUAUUCCAGUGCUCGCGCACAACCAUUUGUAUGACCUGGCCUUUAUCCUACCGAAACACGACUUAUUCGAGUCUAAAGAUAUUAAGGUGCUCGCCACUAGCUGCCAGCAAUUUAAUCGACUCGACCACGUUGAGCUUCUGGUGCGGAAAGGAGUAUUUCCCUGCGACUACGUGACCAGUUUCGAGGCUUACCGGGAGCCCGAGCUACCGCCGUGCGAGCCGCUUUACAAGAAGCUUAACAACAGCCAAAUUUCAGAGGAGGACUAUCGUCACGCCAAAAGCGUCUUUGAAACAUCAAAUUUCAAAAACACGUACGAGCUCGAUCCGUUACACUACGUUUCCCUCCCCGCGCUCAGUCUCGCCUGCGCACUUGAACAAACUGAAGUAAAACUGGAGCUGCUCGACGACGUGGACGCGUAUCUCUUCAUCGAAGCGGGUCUGCGAGGAGGAAUUGUUCAAUGUGCUAUUCGUAACACGAGGGCUGAUGUGUCAGGAACCGCAUGUUUCAAUCAGAACACGGUGGUUUCUCAAAUUUUAGACGUCGACGUGAACGGCCUGUACGCCUCCACUAUGCGACAACACCUUCCAUGCGCCGAUUUUCGCUGGUUAGACCGUGCGGAAAUCGACGCUCUCCACUUACAGCCCGAGGGUUACAUUUUAGACGUGGACCUUGACUACCCCCGGGAACUACACGAUUCGCACGCGGACUUUCCCCUGGCUCCCGAGGAACGAGGAGUCCCGUUCGAAUGGCUCUCACCCUGUCAAAAAGCGCUCGUCGAAAAAUUUCACCUACCCCAGCGAGAGUCUAAGCGAAAGUUGCUUCUCACCUUUUACCCGAAACGCAAUUACAUCAUUCACUACCGAAAUCUCAAGCUGUAUCUGGAAAUGGGCUUAAAACUAAAGACUAUAGAAAACCCACGUCAGUACAAUAACGUUGUCAUUAGCGUGAGCGAGGACGAAGUGCCGAAAACCCUGCAGAAACCUAACCUCAGACAGUUUGCGGCAAUUAGCCCGACCGUGGUGAUCUUUCAGUUUUCCCAGAGAACCCUACACUUGAACAAACCCGAGUACGCGGGCUUCUUUAUCCUAGAGAUGUCCAAACUGGUCAUGUACGAAUUUUUCUACAAGCAGGUCAGGCGCGUUUUCCCCGACGCUCGCGCAGCGUACAGCGACACGGACUCGUUCAUCCUCCAAAUCACCGACCCGAAUGUCGACUCGAAGCUCGCGACCCUUGCCGAAACUCACCUGGAUACUUCUGGGUACCCAGUCCAUCACCCUUUGUUCUCUCCCGCAAACAAAAUGAAACUAGGAGUGUUCAAAAGCGAGCUCCCAAAAGAUCACAUUCUUGGAUUUGUUUGUUUAAAACCGGAACUCUAUUUGAUGGAACUAGCCUCUAGAGAGCACUACGUGAGGGCGAAAGGGGUGAAAAGAUGCGAGUUCCGUAAGCUAACCUACGAGCUGUACGUUCAAACUCUCGAGCAACAAACUCUGUACAAGAUCACGCAGCGGAUUAUCGCUCGUAAGUUGUGCGAGAACAUGACUGUUGUCGUGGAGAAGAUACGAUUCAACCCGUUUGACAACAAGCGCUUCAUCGACUCUGACGGCGUUUCAACUCUUCCUUUUGGUCAUUGGAGCUUUUUGUGA